AAUUGCACGAAUCGAAGGCGGUAAAACGAAUCAAACGAGAGCAGCGCAAAACAAGCCAAAUCGGAAAACAGUAUGAAAAUGGUGUUGUCGCAGCGGCAGCGCGAGGAGCUUAACCAAGCGAUUGCCGAUUACCUGGGCUCAAAUGGCUACGCCGACUCAUUGGAGACCUUCCGCAAGGAGGCCGAUCUCAGCACAGAAGCGGAAAAGAAGUUUGGUGGACUGCUGGAGAAGAAGUGGACGUCCGUCAUCCGGCUGCAGAAGAAAGUGAUGGAACUAGAGGCUAAGCUCACCGAAGCUGAGAAGGAGGUAAUCGAGGGUGCGCCCACAAAGAACAAACGGACGCCCGGCGAGUGGAUACCGAGGCCACCAGAGAAGUUCUCCCUGACCGGUCAUCGGGCCAGCAUAACGAGGGUUAUAUUUCAUCCCAUUUUUGGUCUAAUGGUUUCCGCUUCCGAAGAUGCCACCAUCAAGAUUUGGGACUUUGAAACUGGCGAGUACGAGCGCAGUCUAAAGGGACACACAGACUCGGUGCAGGAUGUGGCAUUCGAUGCCCAGGGCAAGCUUUUGGCUUCCUGCAGCGCGGACUUGUCCAUCAAAUUGUGGGAUUUCCAGCAGAGCUACGAGUGUGUCAAAACCAUGCAUGGUCACGAUCACAAUGUCUCGUCGGUGGCCUUUGUGCCCGCCGGAGACUACGUACUGUCCGCAUCGCGAGACCGCACCAUCAAAAUGUGGGAGGUGGCCACAGGCUACUGUGUGAAAACCUACACAGGCCACAGAGAGUGGGUGCGAAUGGUGCGAGUGCACAUCGAAGGCAGCAUCUUUGCCACAUGCUCAAAUGAUCAGACAAUACGUGUUUGGUUGACGAAUUCAAAAGACUGCAAGGUUGAAUUACGCGAUCAUGAGCAUACCGUGGAGUGCAUUGCCUGGGCGCCGGAAGCCGCAGCCUCGGCGAUAAACGAGGCAGCCGGAGCGGACAACAAGAAGGGCCACCACCAGGGCCCGUUCCUGGCCUCCGGCUCUCGCGACAAAACCAUUCGCAUUUGGGACGUGAGCGUCGGCCUCUGCCUGCUCACGCUGAGUGGCCAUGACAACUGGGUGCGUGGCCUGGCAUUCCAUCCGGGCGGCAAGUACCUGGUGUCGGCCAGCGAUGACAAGACCAUCCGGGUCUGGGACUUGCGCAACAAGCGAUGCAUGAAGACGCUAUACGCGCAUCAGCAUUUCUGCACCUCCAUAGAUUUUCACAAAGCGCAUCCGUACGUUAUUAGCGGUAGCGUAGAUCAAACAGUUAAGGUCUGGGAAUGCCGUUAAAAUAAAGGAAAACUCGGCAAGGGUUCUGCUUACUUCUCAAUUUAAACAUAAAUAAAGUUAAUAUAUUAAAUCACAUACCCACACACUCGAGCAGUCUCAGCAACCUCCGCGGAAGUUUAUUUUCCAGACGCUUUCUGUGUCAGCGUCCGACAGCAAAAUGAACAUAAUUGUAUUUUAAAACUGAAUGAAACUGGCGAAAACGAAUUAUUUAUUUAAUUGUACAACCCUCUAACUAAACUAACUACCUACCUACUAUAUACAAAGUACAUAUACAUUAAUGCCUAAAAAAUAUACCUACCUACGAUUAUCGUUUAAAGUUAAA